AUGGGUCAUGUCGUGGGCUCCUGUUUCUCCAAAGGACGAUUACAGAUCUCCGUCGCGAAGUUGCAUUCCCUCACCCUUACACAAGUAUUGGUACAGUCCCUCGUCCCUCAAUUAUACAUGAGCUUCAACGGCCAGGCUCUCUCGUUGCGCGGGUCCGGACGGCAAUCGAUCAGAGGAACUGGCUCUUCACGCACGCUCUGGCGAUACGACUCCAUGCAAAAUAUAAAGGUGGGGCUUUCGCCGCUCUUCCUCUAUCUCCCCACAAACUCAACCAUUAACCUAUUACGAGCGGGCACCAACCGAGCCGUGCGAGCGGUUUGGCUUCGCUGGGGAAACCGGGGGUUCAUGCUUGGGUCGGAAGACUUAGCUUCCCCGGCUACUACUCCAACCCACUCACCUGCGAAAAGAACCUUUGCAAAGAUAUCACCGACGGCCGGCCCCUCCAAGUCCAAGGGAAAGGAGAAAGCCACCGAUGGGGAAGAGUCGGAGGACGAAACUGAAGAUGAUGGGGAGGUUGAUAUCGAACCCGAAGAAGAGGAAGAAGACAACAGCGCCCCAAAGCCGGCCCGGGGAAGACGGCGCAAGGCAAUCCUCAAGGACGCCGCGAAGCGGCUCAAAAAGCUUUGA